AGUAGAAGUAAACUUUGUGUAUGCCGAAGCAGCGGAACACAGUUGUGCUGUUAGGAAGGCGACAGCUUGGGUGGGAAAUGUUUUUUUUACAUUUUUUUGGAGUCAGGAUGGCUGUAUUUGUUGGGCACCAAUAUCGCGUUUGUAAAUAUGUAGAAAGAAUACAUUUAUCUUAGUGGAUUUUUUUAUUUGUUGGUUUUCCAUUUUUUUUUCCGAGUGGCAUUGCCGCCGGUGAGUCUCCCGGUGCUCUGCAGCAGCCAUGGACCUGCUGAUGACUUUUUGCGAGAAGUGUUUUGUCUCUCCUUUCUAACGGAGUCAACGGAGAGAAACAGCUUGAAGAAUGCAAUCAUUGAAAAGAAAAUGUGCUUUACUAGAUUCUAAUAUGAAGAAAAAAAAGCCUGAACAGUCCCAAAAUGAUUCCUUGUGUUCCACCAGGAGGUCUGGCAGACAUAAGGGAGUAAGUGAUGUGGAAGAAAGGCCUUUGUCUAACUCUCUGGGCAAGAAGAAGUGUGUACUUCUUCAGAAGAAAAAUACAAAUCUCUCGGUAUCUAAAGGGUCUACUCAACAGACUGCAAAAAUUAAUCAGUCAAAGGUAUUUGUUUCCAAAAGAAAACAAAACUCAAAGGAAAUGAGCUCUUAUAAUAAGAGCAACACUAGUGUUGAAAAAAACCAUAGGCCCUUAUCAAAAUGUAAUUCUCACACCUGUAAAACCAAAAAGGAAGUGAAAGAGACUUCCUCUAAAAGAACUCUAAGACCAAGUAAGAGCCAGCAAAGUAGCCCUGUUGGCCGUGACAGAAAAAAGAAUAAUAAUACUGGGAACUCUAGCACUUUCAACUGCGUAAGACUAAGAAAAAAAACUGAGUCUCCCUUGGCCAGAAGUUCUCUGAGAAAUGCACAUGAUAUUGUGUUGAAGAACUCCCCUCAGAAUCAAAUAGGCAUGAGGCUGAGAAACCGCCAAGAAGCUGUGAAACUUGACACUUUUAAGGAAGACGGUAAGGUCCAAAUAAAAUCUGACUUCAAAAAAGAAGUUGGAACAAAUGGGGACAAAGUACGUGCAUGCAAAGAUCUUUCUACUCUGUCUCUACGUACUCGAGAAAGCAACAAUAUAACAAAUGCUUCUAAGACAGUUUUACUUUGCAAAAAAAGGUCAUCAAGUAUAGAAGGCUCAUCUUUUCAUUCAAAAAGAAAAAGACAGAAAAUGGAGCCUAUGUCCAAAACAGCAAAUUCUUCUCAAAAGAGAGUUAAAACAUCCAAAAGUGGAAAAAAGUUCAGGAAUGGUAUUAUUCAUAUUAAGAGUAACGGUAAUAAAAAAUUGGUUAAUUCUGGAAAAACAAUUGUAAAGGGUUGUAGACAACCUAAAAUACCCCACAAUCUAGAAAAAGGUAAGGACAGAACAGGUAAAAAUAUGAGAAAUCUAAGGGAUCCCAUAAAGAAAGUCUGUAGCAAAGUAAACAGAAGAUCAGUAGCGUCCUCUGAGAAAAAACCCAAAGCCAAUUUAAACUCCAGUUAUAGGAACCAGGAGCACGAAUCUGUUCAAUGUAAAGAGGGAGCUUCAGUGACUAAGCACAUUGGUGCUAAUACAAGAGCAUCUCCCCCAUUGGUAGCUCUGUUGAAAGUGAUCAAAAAGUCUAAGCUCUACAAAUCUACAGAGCCACAUAUUGACAGAGCAUGCACCGCACAUGCACAUGGUGAACAUAACACAAAAUGUUCUAGCUUAGUAGAAGAGAAACAAAAGCUAGAUCUGAGCUCUUCAGUUCAACCGAGUGGAGAUGAAACAAUCUGCAGCAGGAAAAAGAGGCAGAAGAAAAACAGUGAGCAGAAGUGCUCGGAUCCCAGUUCAGGUGUAGUUCACGGUGAAGAGAAGGGAAAGGAGUUAAACACAGUGGCACAUUUUUCAACACAUGUUGUUGACCCAUGUGAUAUUUCACUGCAUGGACUUGGGGCACACAGUCAAAAAGAUCACUUUUCUAGUAGUGACUUACAGAAUCAUGACAAAUCCACAAAUAUGGCAUUCUGUACCCCUUUAAAGUCACAGACCCUUCCAAAGAAAAGACAUUCAGAAAAGAAAAAAAAUUCUGGUUCUUUAGGAAUACAAAAGGAGAAGAAAGACAUGCAGUCUUCUGCAAUUCGUAAAAAGCCCACAAGCCCAGGUGUACUGAAGACUAAGUCUAGCCACAAGAAACGCAAUGAAGAAAAUCCGCAAGCAAAGGCAAAGCCUUGCUUAACUGCUAUGAAAGAAGAGGUUUCAAAACCCAGUAAGCAGCUGAACCUGCUGGCUCUGUGUGAGGAAAUUGCAGAGGAAAUUGCUUCUGAUACAGUAGAGGUGUAUAGGACUCGUGAAGGCAAUUUGGCAGGGGAAAUCCAAGUACAACCAGCUGAGAUGGAUACAGCAGAAAAAAAUGAAGCUGUUUCUCCCUCUGAUGUCCUUCCGUUGCCACAGAUCCAGGUUGAAACCCCAGCAGAGCCACCGAAAAAGCGGUUUUUCACAAGCCAGAUAACCGUACCUUUAAAAAGUAAGGAGAAAAAGAAAAUAUCAACGACUGAAAGAUUACGACAAAGUGAACUUCUCAAACAUAGCUUCAGUUGGGCACGAGUUAAGCAAUUUAAGGCAGCUGAAAACACUCAAAAACAGUCCACAGGCUCCUCGCUGGCGAGGGAAAACACAGUGCCCACUGUGCCUGAGCAGAAGAGAUUACAGGCACUCAACAGUAAGCCACGGCUACCUGAUUUGCCAAAUGGUAUUCUUGGAAAUAAGAGGGAGCCUACUGUGGAAAAUUAUUUCAAACCUAGAGCAAAAUACUCUGCAGAUGACUUUGAACUUGAUGGCUUGGAUGAUGAGCUUAAGAAUACUACAGAAGAUAAAUUGGAGCAGAAAGUGAACCUGCAGCCUCAGGUGGAAAAAACUGAUGUAAACUCCUUUCCAGAAAGUUCCCUUGAUGGAGGCUUCUCUGUAUGUUUGAAACUGAAAGAAACUCCAAAGAAACCAUCUUCAGAUAGUAUUGAAAUAAACCAGCACUAUGAAGCCUCUGUCAAGAAUCAGAAUUUGUCAGAAAAAGAAAUGGUGCCUUGUCCAACUCGUCCUCCUCCAGGAAAGAUUGUCUCUCAGCCCUCUAAUGUAAAACUGCAAAAAGAAAUUAAGAAGUUGAAAGAAGCUGAAAAAGAUGGCAUACAACAAACAAUUAUUGAUGCUGGUCAAAAAAGGUUUGGAGCAGUUUCCUGUAACCAAUGUGGGAUGUUGUAUUCUGCAUCAAGUCCAGAAGAUGGGGCCCAGCAUCUUCUGUUUCAUAACCAGUUUAUGAGUGCAGUGAAAUAUGUGGGUUGGAAAAAAGAGAGAAUCUUUGGGGAGUACCCUGAUGGCAAAAUUAUAGUUGUUCUGCCAGAUGAUCCUAAAUAUGCAUUAAAAAAGGUUGAAGAGAUAAGGGAGAUGGUGGACAAGGACUUGGGCUUCCAGCAAGUCGAAACAAAGUGUCCUUCUAACACCAAAACCUUUCUUUUCAUUUCUAAUGAUAAGAAGGUGGUUGGCUGCCUUAUAGCAGAACAUAUUCAGGAGGGCUUUCGGGUUAUAGAAGAAAAGGUUCCAGACGGUCCAGAGGGUGAAAAAGUCAUGUUUGAACGACAGCGAGCCUGGUGCUGCUCCACAACCCCUGAACCAGCCAUUUGUGGAAUUAGCCGUAUCUGGGUGUUCAGUCUUAUGCGGCGAAGAGGAAUUGCUUCAAGAAUGAUGGACUGUCUGAGGAGCACAUUUAUUUAUGGUUCCUAUCUCAGUAAAGAAGAAAUUGCAUUUUCGGAUCCGACCCCUGAUGGGAAGCUCUUUGCAACACGUUAUUUUGGGACUCCCCAGUUUCUGGUCUACAAUUUUGUCAGUGCCAUCCAUAAAUGAGACAAAGUGAGGAUUAAAAGAGUCUGUAAAACUGUCAGCACAUGUGGCUGCUGCUUCCAGUAUUCGCAUGUCUGCUCCAUUUCACUGGAUUUCUGAUGCCGAUUCCUAAAGCACUGACUAAAAUCCAAACUCUGCAGCAAAAUGUACUUUUGAAAAUGUGAUCAGUGGUGACGUUGAAUCUUGUGGGCCUCCCGUGAUGACCAUUUGUAAGCCAUUAAAGUUGGAAUUGCUGGUCAAUCCAUUGGUUGUUCCUCACUAUUAGAAAACCUUUUAGGCGGAUUUCCCUCAUGAAGGACAAACAUGAGAGGUUUUGAUUUCAAGUGCUCAGGUCUUCAACAGCUAUCUUAUUAAUGUAUAUUUUGGCUUUCUUUUUAACAGAAAAACAACUGUUUAUUUUUUUCUUAUCCUUUCAGUUCUUUGCUAUUUUUAAAAGAGUAUUUUGUGAGUACAUUUUUUAAAGAGAAAAUAAUGUAUUUUAAAUGUAAUUAUUGAGGAAUAAAUUUUAAAAGUAUUUUUCCUUCUUUGAGAGUGCCAAGUUAAGCUAGCUCAAUAAAGGGAUGGAUCAUCAACUAAUAAUGGAGGUUUAAUUUGGACAUACGGUAUUUAGUAUACUGCAUACCAUUUGACACAAAGUUGACCUUUGAAGAAGUGUAGGGACUUGUUUGUGUUUUUCAUUUUGUUUUUUUCUUUUUGUUACCUGUAGUGGAGCAAAUGAAGUGGGUUUUUUUUUUGGGUUAUCAAAGCACUGGAAGAGAGAAGAUGACUGCAAAGAUGACUUUGUUCACCAGAUUGUUUAAUAUGUCGGAAAACUAGCACUUUACUUUUGCAAAAUGAAUGCAAUGUCUGUAAAAAUACCUAGAGGAUGCUGUUUCACUGGUCAAUAAACCCAACUCGCAUAGGUGCUCUUUGAA